ACCCGGAACAAAACAGUUUCAUUUUCGCUGGAGUCUAGUCGUAAACCGCUGUUUUAUUGUUACGUGAAGAGCAAUGGCAGAGUUUGUUAAAGCGCAAAUUAAGAAUGGGAAAGUAGUUGUGUUUUUGAAACCCCCCUGCCCUUACUGCGUACUCGCAAAGGAUGUUUUGUCGAAGUAUAAAUUCAAAGCUGGACAUUUGGAGUUGAUCGAUAUUAGCACACGCAGCGACAUGGACAGCAUUCAGGACUAUCUGCAACAGAUCACGGGCGCGCGCACUGUUCCUCGAGUUUUCAUAGGAGAAGAGUGCGUUGGAGGAGGAAGUGAUGUUGAGGGUCUUCACCAUUCUGGAAAACUAGAAGGCAUGUUGCAGGCCAUCGGAUGUCUGCAGUGAGGGGCGUUGAGAAGGGGUCACAUGAUGCUGCAGCGAGACUUGCGGAUCUGCCGUCUGCGCUGCUGGUACUCGCUGAGCUCCUGCAGGUAACCUCUGGAGGGCCAGCGCAGACGCUCCACCUGCUCACGCUCCUCGUCUGUCAACAAAAA